CCAGUGUCAAACUUGACAUCAGCCUGCGAGCGGAGCAUGGUAACUUCUCCUGCAAUCAGAGCUCUCACAUCAGUGGCAUGCUUCAGGAAGAUAUGCUCCUCUCACUGCCCGCUGCACCAGCAACAUGGAUUGUCACAUCUCCAUCCUCCUCCUCCUCCUCUGCUCUGCCCUGGGGGAACUGAUUCUCCAUCCUACCAACGAAGUUAAUCUGCUGGAUUCAAAAGCAAUUCAAGGGGAGCUGGGCUGGAUCUCCUACCCAUCACAUGGGUGGGAGGAGAUAAGUGGAGUUGAUGAGCACUAUACACCAAUCAGAACUUAUCAGGUGUGCAAUGUCAUGGAUCACAGUCAGAACAACUGGCUAAGAACAAACUGGAUCCCGCGCAAUUCAGCUCAGAAGAUAUAUGUGGAGCUCAAGUUUACCUUGAGAGACUGUAAUAGCAUACCACUGGUUCUGGGCACUUGCAAAGAGACCUUUAAUCUUUAUUACAUGGAAUCUGAUGAUGACCAUUCGGUCAAGUUCAGAGAACACCAGUUUACAAAGAUUGACACCAUUGCAGCUGAUGAGAGCUUCACUCAAAUGGAUCUUGGGGAUCGAAUUCUCAAACUCAAUACAGAAGUUCGUGAGGUGGGACCCAUCAGCAAGAAAGGCUUUUACUUGGCCUUUCAAGAUGUGGGUGCAUGUGUUGCCUUAGUAUCAGUGCGAGUGUACUUCAAAAAGUGCCCUUUCACUGUAAAGAACCUGGCUAUGUUUCCAGACACAGUACCUAUGGACUCCCAGUCACUAGUGGAAGUGCGAGGUUCUUGUGUCAAUCAUUCCAAGGAGGAAGAUCCACCUAAGAUGUAUUGCAGUACAGAAGGAGAAUGGCUAGUGCCCAUAGGAAAGUGUUUGUGUAAUGCUGGCUAUGAAGAAAGAGGCUUUGCUUGCCAAGCUUGCCGACCUGGAUUCUACAAAGCCUUUGCUGGCAAUGUGAAGUGUGCUAAAUGCCCACCUCACAGCUCCACCUAUGAAGAAGGGUCUCUGAACUGCAGGUGUGAAAAGAACUACUUCCGCUCUGAGAAGGACCCUCCAUCCAUGGCUUGCACCAGACCUCCAUCUGCACCAAGAAAUGUUAUCUCUAAUAUCAAUGAAACAUCAGUUAUCCUUGACUGGAGUUGGCCCCUUGACACAGGUGGCCGGAAAGAUGUCACCUUCAACAUCAUUUGCAAAAAAUGUGGGGGAACUGUCAAUCUCUGUGAGCCAUGUAGUGGUAAUGUGCGGUUUUUGCCCCGUCAAAUUGGUCUCACCAACACCACCGUGACAGUAGUAGACCUUCUGGCGCACACCAACUACACAUUUGAGAUCGAUGCAGUCAAUGGGGUAUCUGACCUGAGUGCACUCUCAAGGCAAUUUGCAGCAGUUAGCAUUACAACUAAUCAAGCUGCUCCAUCCCCCAUCACAAUAAUUAGGAAGGACCGGACAUCCAGGAAUAGCGUGUCUCUAUCUUGGCAAGAACCUGAACAUCCUAACGGGAUCAUCUUGGACUACGAGGUCAAGUACUACGAAAAGCAGGAGCAAGAGACGAGCUAUACUAUUCUGAGAGCAAAAGGAACCAAUGUUACCAUCAGUAGCCUCAAACCCGACACCACAUACGUAUUCCAAAUCCGAGCCCGAACAGCAGCUGGAUAUGGGACCAAUAGCCGCAAGUUUGAGUUUGAAACCAGUCCAGAUUCCUUCUCCAUCUCCAGCGAGAAUAGCCAGGUUGUAAUGAUCGCCAUUUCAGCUGCAGUAGCGAUUAUUCUUCUCACAGUUGUGGUGUAUGUCCUGAUUGGGAGAUUUUGUGGAUACAACAAGUCUAAACAUGGUGCUGAUGAGAAGAGGCUACAUUUUGGGAAUGGACAUUUAAAACUUCCAGGCCUCAGAACGUAUGUAGACCCACAUACCUAUGAAGACCCCAACCAGGCUGUGCAUGAGUUUGCCAAAGAAUUGGACGCAAUCAAUAUAGCCAUCGAUAAAGUUGUUGGAGCAGGUGAAUUCGGAGAAGUGUGCAGCGGGCGUCUAAAACUUCCUUCUAAGAAGGAAAUUUCAGUAGCAAUCAAAACUUUAAAAGUUGGAUACACUGAAAAGCAGAGAAGAGACUUCUUGGGAGAGGCAAGCAUCAUGGGACAGUUUGAUCAUCCCAACAUCAUUCGGCUAGAAGGAGUUGUCACCAAAAGUAAGCCAGUUAUGAUUGUUACUGAGUACAUGGAAAAUGGCUCCUUGGAUAGCUUCCUACGAAAACAUGAUGCUCAGUUCACAGUCAUCCAACUGGUGGGCAUGCUCCGGGGGAUAGCAUCCGGCAUGAAAUACUUGUCAGAUAUGGGUUAUGUCCAUCGUGACCUAGCUGCUCGUAACAUCCUCAUCAAUAGCAACCUGGUGUGCAAAGUCUCUGAUUUUGGCCUCUCACGUGUAUUGGAAGAUGACCCAGAAGCUGCUUAUACAACAAGGGGGGGAAAGAUUCCAAUUCGAUGGACAUCGCCAGAAGCCAUUGCAUACCGCAAAUUCACAUCAGCAAGUGACGCAUGGAGCUAUGGGAUUGUUCUCUGGGAGGUGAUGUCCUAUGGAGAGAGGCCAUACUGGGAAAUGUCCAAUCAGGAUGUAAUUAAGGCUGUGGAUGAAGGGUACCGCUUGCCACCUCCUAUGGACUGCCCAGCUGCCUUGUAUCAGCUGAUGCUGGACUGUUGGCAAAAGGACAGAAACAACAGACCCAAGUUUGAGCAGAUUGUCAGCAUCCUGGAUAAACUGAUCCGUAAUCCCAGCAGUCUGAAAAUAAUCACAAAUGCAGCUGCAAGGCCAUCAAAUCUACUACUGGACCAAAGCAACCUUGAUAUAUCCGCCUUCCGCACAGCAGGUGAUUGGCUCAAUGGUAUUCGGGCUGGACACUGCAAGGACAUUUUCACAGGUGUGGAGUACAGUUCAUGUGACACAAUAGCCAAGAUUUCCACAGAUGACAUGAAGAAGGUUGGUGUUACAGUUGUUGGGCCUCAAAAGAAGAUUAUUAGCAGUAUUAAAACUCUAGAAACUCAUACAAAGAACAACCCAGUUCCUGUGUAAGGUACCAAAAUGAUGUUGCUCAGGACAGAAACAGAGAGAAGUUGCUUCAAAGGGCAAAUGGUGAUGGCUGAAGAAACUGCAGGAUUUAAAGGCGUUCUCACAACAGUGCUGGGAAUAUUGGUGGAAAUUUCUAGCCCACUAAGACACUCAAAUAUUGAGUACAAAUGCCUUAAAAAUAGGAGCGAACUUUUUUUUCUAUUAGUCCUAAAGGGUGGGUGCUUUUCUUCCCCUAUGAUAAUUGACUGUUAAUCCAUAUAAUACAUUUGAAAAGGAAAAAAGAAAUAUGUAAAAUUCUUUCCAAGUAAAACAGUGAAACUAAAACCUGGAGCCAUUUGAACAUUAACUGACUGAAUACCAUGAAGAACCAUAAACACACAGGCUGUGUGUUUGAUCAACAGCAGCAACAAGAAAAUAAAAAAUAAAAGAAAACUUGCAGUAUUUUUAUACACAGAAGAGAUCUGUAGCAGGUCCUUUAUUUCUUUAAAAUCAAGCAAAAUAGAGGAUUAUACCUCAGACUUAUCUGGCCAUACUUACAAUAUUAUCCUUGUAAUAUUCUAUUUCAACUGGAAUACAGAAGCAGUAAUCACUUUAGAGUCAGUUCACAAAUGAUUUUUGCCAUUAUGUUAACUCUCCUGAUUGUGUUCUCUUUCCAAACAAAAGAGGCUUAAUUUUUUUUAAUGUAUAUUUCUUUUCCCCAGUAUUGUUGACAAUUAUGGUGAAAUAUCUUAGAUUUCUUAUUGCCAAGUGCCAAAUCUUGUCAAACUUCAUUGGUUUAACCUAAAAUUGUUUGAUGAUGUGUUACUUACUAGAUUUUUUUGUAUAACAUUUUAAAUACAAAAGAAAAG